UCAACAGAUUUGCUCUGCCAGGGAAAAGUGUAUGAUACUCGUCCCGUUAUACAGAAUUAAUUUGACUUUAUUUGAUGUUUAGUUGUUAGGCAAAUUUGGAGCGGCCGGACCGGAGCAGGAGGGAAUACAGAAGAAGAGAAAAGAAAACUGAGUGGGGAGUGCGGGGACAAGAAGGAGACAAUACAGAUUUGGUGAAGACAGGCAGCUAAAACCAGUGUAAUUCUGACUAUGCUGCUGUUGGUCGUGUUGGACAUCCUCUUAUCUACUGCUGUGGUCACGAGUGAGAGCAGCAACCACAAGCCGUCAGUACCACAGCUCAAUUACAGCAGCAUUUCCCUGGCACCAGAGCACAUACCUUACUAUCUCUACAACAACAAGAAGGUCGCCAAGCAAUGCCGACUGGACCCACUCUGCCCUUUUAAAGAUGCCCUGCUGGAUUUGUCUUCCUGUUGGGGUUACGAAAAGAACUGUGAUCCCGAGAAGCGCUUUGGCUAUCCUGUCUGUACUAAAGCUGACUCUGGAUGGGUCGACUCACUGGAGGCGGCCCGGGAGCUUUUCUGGAAGCAGGCUGAUUUUGGCUAUGUGAAGGAGCGCCGCUCUGAGCUCAAAACACUUUGCAAGGCCACCAAGCCUGGAGACUCCUCUUUGAAGUGCAGUAGCCAUGCGAGAUUCUGUAAGGCAACUAACCUUUACCUGGAUUUGCGAAAACCACGCAGAAGUCAUGAAAGGUACAAGGAGGACUUCAUUCAGAAAGGUGAGAUUGGUGGUCACUGCAGACUCAACCAGCAAGCACUUGCUGCAGCGGGAGAGCACAAGAGCCCUUUGCAGUCUUGGUAUGCAGAGCUUCAAACAUACACAGAGUUGGACUUCGAUCCCUUACACUCUGAAUCGUGUGACAUCAUCAUUGAAAAACCUACUGUUUUCAUGAAGCUGGAUGCUGGGGUGAACAUGUACCAUCAUUUCUGUGAUUUUGUCAACCUCUACAUAUCCCAGCACAUUAACAACUCCUUCAGCUCCGAUAUCAACAUAAUCAUGUGGGACACAAGCUUUUAUGAAUAUGGGGAUUUGUUCAGCGAAACCUGGAAGGCCUUCUCACAAUAUGAUAUCAUUCACCUGAAGACCUAUGAUUCAAAAAGAGUAUGUUUCAAAGAUGCCUUUUUCUCCCUCCUCCCAAGAAUGAGAUACGGUCUCUUCUACAACACACCACUCAUCUCAGAUUGCUGCACUGAAGGGAUAUUUCGGGCAUUCUCCCAACAUGUCCUCCACCGGCUCAAUGUACUGCAGAAUGGACCCAAGCCAGGACAUGUUCGUGUCACCUUGCUUGCACGCAGCACAGAAUACAGGAGGAUAUCAAAUCAAGUGGAGCUCAUAAAUGGUCUUAAAACAAUGCUGCUGCUGGAUGUCAAUGUGGUCGACUACAAAUACAAGGAUAUUCCCUUCCUCGAGCAGUUGAGGAUCACCCACAACUCUGACAUCUUCAUCGGAAUGCACGGUGCAGGACUUACACACCUCCUCUUUCUCCCCGACUGGGCUGUGGUCUUUGAGCUGUAUAACUGUGAGGAUGAGGGCUGCUAUCGAGAUUUGGCGCGGCUGCGGGGCAUUCGCUAUGUGACUUGGCAGAAAAUGGAUAAAGUCUUCCCCCAGGACAAGGGUCAUCACCCUACCCUCGGAGACCAUCCCAAGUUCACCAACUACUCCUUUGACGUGGAUGAGUUCAUGCGCCUUGUGCUGGAGGCAGCAGAUUACGUCACACAGCAUCCCAAAUGGCAGCAUCGCAUCAUGCGCGAUGAACUAUAGAGACCUUGAACAGGUACAAAAAAAAGCUUGCAAUUAGCUGGGAUCUGGAGACUUUCUUGCAAAAAUUAAAUAAAACAUCUCUGGAUCUCAGUGGUAUAUCAAACUAUCCAAAAAUCCACCUCCUGUCCCCUGGAUUGAUGAGUCCUGAUGAGUGAAAGCUGCACAUCCGGCAACUCAGAUGAGACAUGAGCAAUUGACACAUCUGGAGAACUAGAAGAAGUACUUCUUCAUUACCUCCGCCACCACUGCUUCAUUCCACACCGAUAAAGUUAGCUAAUGAGCAGCUGUUCCGGUGUCCCAUAACAUGUGGCCUGUCGUCACAUUUGAUUAGUGUCACCUUGAUUUGAGCCUCCUCAGAGCUGUUGACAUUUACAUGUAGGAAUGUGAAUACAUCCACAACAUAACAGUGUCAUAUGGUGGGAUUCUGCCACAUUGUUGCACAGAAGGUUGCUUUUUUUAUUAUAAAAUAUUAUGUUUGUGUGUCAGUAUGCAUCUACAUUAAUAUUUGUCAAUACUAAGAUUGUAAAUGUGCAGGAACAGUAUCUGUUCAAAAAAAUAUGACACUCAAAAUGCAAUUUUUAGUCAGUGCUAAACUGCAGUAGGAUUUUUUGAUAUGUUUAUACUAUGUGCUAUUUAUUUACUGUUUAUAUGUUUUCUUCUUUCAUAUGUGGAUAUGAUGAAUAUUUGCCGUAGAGCAGAGGUGUCCAAACUUUUUCUACCGAGGGUAGCAUACAGAAAAAUCUAAGGAUGCCGGGGACCAGGUUGACAUUUUUGUUUUAUUUUGUAAAAAGGCUAAAAAAAACCCCAUUUAAUUUAAUUUCAUUUUAGCGGUUUGUGGUCACAUUGUGCAUUUUGGCUCACGCGGCCCAAGAAUAAGUGAGUCACAGGCCACAAAUGGCCCCUAGGCCGCGCUUUGAACAACCCUGACGUAGUGAUUUGCUUAGCCAAUGCAAUCUUUCAUCUAAUCUGACUGCUUGUACUCCCCGAGGCACCAUCACACCUAAAGUGGACCAGGAAGACAACUGGGUUCUCUUUCAAAUGAACACACAAUUUAUUUUGUUUUCUGAUGUUUUUUGUCCAUGGACUUCCGUUUUUAAGGGACUGUGAAAACACCCUUACACCUUGGUUACAUUUUAUGAAAAUAAAGAAAUGAGGAGGAGGGUCUCCUUGAGUUAUUUUGGUGCUGUCAGCAUUUUCUAUAGUAAUAGAAAUCAGCACAUUAGACACUGAAAUACCACAAGUAGCAUAUCAUGUGUUUGUGACCAUCCAAUUGUAUUUACCAGAGGUGUGGACUCGAGUCACACGACUUGGACUUGAGUCAGAUUCAAGUCACAAUUUUGAUGACUUUGGACUCGAGAGUGCCAUCAGACUUGCAACUUGACUUGGUCUUUGACAUCAUUGACUCGGGACUUGGCUCGGACUUUAAUGACUUGAAAGUACUUGAGAUUUUCAGUGAGUGUGUUAAGUAAAAUGUGUCCCCUUUCAAAGCAUUCAACUCGUGAUCGUUAUGUCAUUUCCAGUAAGGAACCACAUUUUCUGUAUCAUUGAAUGCAUCUGUUAUCGGUCCAAUCGGGUUAAAGAACAAACAACGAGGGUAUGGCUUACAUUUCUGUGAGCGACUGCUGGAGAGUGGCAGUGAUUAUUACCGGGAGGUGUGAACAUACUACUGAGGAAAUGUCAUUUGCAUUGGCAUUUAUGGUAUUUUAGACAUUGUGUUUUAUUUGGUAAACACAUAACAGUGCUUAGGACUUUUCAAGCCUACGACUUCGGACUUGACUCGACCUGGCUUGUCUUGACUUGAAACUUGACUUGGACUUGCAUGUCUUUACUUGAGACGUGACUUGAGUCUUGGGAUUAAAGAGUCGAGACUUGCAAAACAUUGACUUUCUCCCACCUCUGGUAUUCACCAAAGAAACCAAUGGAAACAGUUCGACUUUUUUGUA